AAGUGGUCGGUCUCGUGUGUCUUAGACGACCAGCCAAACAACAUUCUCAUUUGAAUUUCUUACUCCUCCGCGGUCAGUCUUUGGUCUUAGUCUGUUACGGGUCGUGAGUGAGUCUGGCGUUUUCUUCUACUGAAGAUCGCGGAAUCGUUUUCAAAUCGCUGUUGCUCCGGGACAUUUACUUCUAUUGUUAUACAUCGUUGUUCAGGAAAUAAAAGAAAAUAUUCCCACAUACGAGGUUGGGUGAAAUUCGGUCGAAAAAGUUUUCCAAAUUAAAAAUCUCAAGGAAAUUAGUUGAAGAUAAAAGAAGCCUGUGGAGACGGUUCGGAAAAGCAGUCUUGGUUUUGGUGGCGGAUUUUGGAUAGAAUAACCUAACGUUCGUUUGCGUGCGCUCGGUUUUUGGGAAACCAGAAAAAAAUGGAAAACUACAAAGUUUCAAAAUAUUUACAGUCCAAGUCCAGAACCUAAAAAGUGUGAAUAUCUUACACUUACCUGCUGAAAAAAUCACCGCUAAUCAGUGUGUGUAUGCAAGAAAUAAACAUAGAGCUAUUGCGAAAAAGAAUUAAAACGAGCUAAUUACAGGUGCUAAUUACAACAGAUGAUUCUAUCUAAUGUAAUGUAUCUAAAUAGUGUGUUGUGAGUUAAGUGCUUUUUGCAGUAACCUCAGAAAGGCCAUUAUACUUUCUUGCUUGUUUGUUGAGUGAUUAAGUGGAAAAAAUUAAGACAUUCCAACGCAAGAAGAAGUGAGUAGACAAGAAGAAGUAGAAAAUACAAAAAUAAAAAAGAAUUAAUUAAAUAAAAGUUACUAAUCAAGUUUUUUUCGUUUCUUCUUGUUUGAAGAAGAUGCUGAUAGUCAAGUUGGAAUUGUAGAAAAGUAAAUAUUUAACCAUUACCAGCUGAGCCAGGCUACUCUGUAAUUGUGUUGAUUCAUCAGAAACCGAUAUGACUUUUUAAUUCAUUUAAUUUCAUUUUCGACAACAAAUAACCUGAAAUAUUUAAUCUAAAAUAAUUAAUAUUUUUAAAAUACAGUAAAUAGUGAAAUAAAAAUAAAUUGGUUGAUCAUUCUCUGCAAAAUAUAUUCGUGCCUACAUAGUGGAUCUGCAUAUACUUAUAUAUAUUUUUUACUGUCAUCUGUAGUAUCUAUUCAGUAAAUCUUUUUUAAUAUCCGUUCAUUGCUUUCGGCCUCUCUAAGCUUGGUCAAUAAAUUAUCGUGAAGAUUAUUUAAAAUUUUGUGAAAGUGACAUACAUCUGCAGUAAAAUCAACACACUCACAUGAAUAUCUGGCGACCGGAUAAAAAAGCUUGUCAAUCCAGUCAGUCCCGCAUGUUGGAAAAAUCAGGAUAAAUUGAAUUAAUCAUACAACACGGCGUACUCUUGCUCGGACUUACGAGGGCUAUUUAAUUAAACCAGUUUCAUGCUGAAUAGUUCAUCCAAUUCUAUCAAGCUGUGAGCCAGAUAUUUGACAAUAUCAGCAUCGCAAUCAAGAACGGAAGUUUAUUGCCUUUCCGGGACGAUGUUUUCUAAAUCGUAAAAGCAGAAAAUUGGUCUCAUGGAAAGUAAUUUUACGCUACAAGAAAGAAAAGGUCAUCGUCAUCCAACGCCCGGACCAGUAUCUUUUUUCGUUUACAAUUUACUCACUUUCAAGCUGCGGAUUCUGCAUACUUGCAGCGGGCGCAGAUAAAUUGGAAAUGCCAGCGUGACCUCGAAACUCACGUUCACGGACUUAUAAGAAAGAGCAAUAAAUGAAAUCGAAUGGAAAAAAUGUUAAAUAAUGUUAAUAAUCGAAACGCAAUAUGUAAAUUGAAUAGUCCGAGCUGACGUUCAGAUAAGAUACAACUUUUUUUUCCAAAAAUUUUGGUUGAUGAUACAAAGAAAAACGAAUCGAGUAAAAUCAAUUUCAACUGAGAUUUUCAUGAAAGUUUACCUGUAUGGAUGUAAUAUAAGUUGGAUAAAAGAUAUUUGAAUAUUCAACGACAGGCGAAAAAAAGUUUCCAGCAAUUCAAUAAAUUAAAAGAAGAGCAACCAAAGAUGCUCAAUGGAUUGACGAAAAAAGUCAAGGUGGGCUGGAAAAAGUGUUGAAAUAGUUGUGAAAAGUUUUGCAUAUGAUGUCAUUGUAGCAAAAUGAUAUGUCUUAAUGCAGAAUAAUGUUUGGAUUAUCACAUUUACAAUUCUAUGACAUCCAAAACAUACAUAACGUGUCCUCGACGGAUCGGAAUAUUUUCAAAUUGGGCAGUAACAGUAUUUUGGCGAAGCUAAUCAGGAGCAGUGAAUUAUUGUAUGCGGAUGACGAGCGUAAUGUGAAUACGGUAGCAAUGAAUCUGACAGCAAAUGAGAAGAACAACAAUGGGUGUAACAACAAUGACAGCGGCAAAAGCAGCCCCACUGUGCGGAAGCACAUUAACCGGAGUAUCAACGGUGGGAGUAAUAACAGCAACAAUGGCAACUGCAACAGCGACAAGGAUAGUGUAAAUACUCAAGAUGGGCAUCAAAAGUCGUCUGAGUUGAACUCACCAGUGAAUUCCGUGAAAAUCAACAAUGAUCUGGCCGAGGUUAAUGCAAAUACAACGACCAUUAACACUGACUCAUUGAAACGAUUGACCGGCAUCACCAAGCAAACAUUCGAAAUGCAAAAAAGGAAAUAUCUCAAGGUCAUAUCCUUUCUCAAUCAGCACAACCGCCAUUUAGAGUUGGAACUGACCAAAGAGAAACGACGACGUGCUGAAGAGCUUUCGAAAAUUAUUAAAUCACUUCUUUGCUUCGAGGCGAAGUUGAAACAUGACAAGAAAGUGAUCAAUCAGAAACUCUACGAACGAGACACGGAAAUUUCGAGGCUACGAGUCCUUAACAGGGUUUUACGCAAGAAAUACGCAGAAGCGGCUGCUUUGGCUGAAAACGGUGAUGACAUCGAUAAUAGUAUUAUCUACGGCGACUUGGAGGAAGGCGACUUUGGUACCGCGCAGAAUUGUCCAAGCUGUAGGAAGGACUUCUACGAACUCUCGGGAAAAGAUGUGUGGACGCAGACUUUUGUUGACGGAAGGAGCAGUAUAGAAGACCACACUGAAAAUGGCUCAUCAAGUGACGAAACAGUCUCAUCAUCCUUCUAUGGAGCUAGACGCAGUGUUCGCUAUACUAGUAAACGUAACUUCCGAGAAUAUAUGCGGUCGCGCUGUAUGACCAUCGACGAUCCCAGUUUAGAUAACUCAGAAGAGAACGGUGCUGACAGUAACGACAAUUCAACAAUUUACGAAAAAACAAAUGCAUUUUCACGAAAAAUCGAAAGGCUUCAUGGAGUUCGACGUAUCGAAUCAUUCACCGAUGAAGCUGAAUUGGACAGUGAAAAUGACUCCACAAGGACAAUAAAUCGACGGAGAGGGACGGGCAGUGAGUCCCAACUAUCACCUUCGGUAAAUGGCAGCGGUAAAGAUUAUGAGAGUGAUGAGAUGUUCAUGCCUGUAAAGUCACGAUCAUAUAGAGCUAAGAAAUUUGCAGAAACCUCGCCGAAACAGGAGUUUGAAGCGUCAACAGACGAUUGGUAUGCCAGUGCCAGUGAUUUAGAUGAUUCCGAAAAUAUAAGGGUUAAACCUUACGGGUACAAUGCAGUGAAUCCGGUUCUGGAAUGUGUUAAUCAGAUAUUGCUGCAACAAUCAAUGGAUGAGUGCAUUAUGGAUGGACCACCAUCGCUCGAAAGCAGCGAGAAUGCUAGUGGAAGCAGUGGUGGCGGGAGCAGCCAGCAAGAAGGAAGAGGAGGUUCACGAAAGCGAGUUCAUUUCUCUAUCAAAAAUAGUAUGGUUCAUGUUCCACGCGACGAUGAAAUGAGACCAAUAUCCAGUUCACCAUUAAAAACCGUAAUUGAUGCUAAUGAACAAAAGGAUUGCAAUUUAAAUUAUGAAAGUAUUUACAGCAACGAGUACGAGCGUAUCGGGAGCGAACAUAACUCAUCCAACCUUUAUGUUGACAUGGAAUCUAAAUUUGGCCAAGAAGAUCGUUCGAUGACAAUUACUCCACUCAGCGAUAAACCUCCAAAAAAGCCGCCAGCGCUCCCACCGAAGCCAGCCAACCUAAUAAAGUUCAAGCGUGUUCUUAAAAUCACGCCUUAUUGCCCUGUAGACUCUAUUAAAGAGGACGAACCCAAAACCAGUGAGGGAGGACAAGAGCAGGCCGAAGAGCCUGAUUAUUGUUCCAUCUCAGAGGUAAAUGAAGCCAUCACUAGUGUUCAAAUUGUUGCGGAUGUUCAUAAGUCCGCUGAUGAUGAUUUGUCCAGUCAAACAAGUGAAGCUGCCCUUUCCCAAAAGACUGACGAUGCUGAAGAGAUCUUUGCUGAUGUUCCAAAGUUGCCAAAUGUGGCGGCGAUAAUAGUUCCAAAGUUAAGCAGCAAAAGCUCUGUACCUGUAGAUAGUUUUACAGUUAGGGAAUCAAUUGGCAACCGAGAACCUACGAAAGGAUCUCAAAUUCCUAAUAUUCUUGCCGAGAUCAAUAAGAAAAUGAAUACAGUCCCGAACAUUCAUUUGACCCCACCUACAACUCCGUCUAAGACUGUGUCCUUGCCAGGAGUCAUAGCUAUCAGUCCUUCGAAAAUUCCUCCAGCAACUAAGACUCCCCAGACUCCUACCUCACCCGCUGUCAACGCCAUUAGUGUUCCUCUAGCUCCUGAGCCGGACAAAUUGCCCCUUCAAGCGGAAUUCGACUGGUACAAUUUGGACGCCGAGUAUGGUAAAUCCAAUCAACCGGAUGUUAUAAAGGAAACUGACACCAACCCCAACUCCAACUUGGAAUUCCAUCAUCAUCACCAUCAAAUGAUAAUGGGAACCGUCAACGAAGUGAUUGAAGAGAACGAUGGCGAUGCUGUUCAAGAUGCAAUUAAUCAGUUGGACUCCACCGCCGAGCAGAGUGUUGAAUAUAAACUCGAUGAGGAGUUCUGCUUGACCAAUCAACCGGAUAUUAUCAAGGAGAAUGUCUUUGAAAACACGACGAGAACCAGAACCAAAUCGAAGACAGUUUGCAAUGGCUUCCCGACGAUUACUGAUGAGAGUCCUUGCAGCAACGCUGGACGCAAUAAUGGUGCAAGGGCGGGAGGCAGCGAGCAGCAGAGAGCUAAAAUCAAUCGGAAAAAUUACAAGAACUUCAUGGAUGCAUCCGGGUUGAGUGUGAAGCCGUUGCCUAGACAAAGGAAAAUUUAUUUUUCAGGACCAUUUGUUUAACUUUGCAACGUGAGGGGGUGGAUUAAGGGAGAUGAACCCCUGACAGUGUGUGAUUUUUAUUGUCAAAUUGAAGUUGAUAAUUCCCUUCUUGAACGAGACAGUUCAUGUAUUUCGAUAGAGCCUUUAAGAUUGCAUUGGAACUUUUAUGAAAUUUCCUAUUUCCUGUUUUAGAUCGUCUUCUCCGGAAGCCUCUAAGAUCCUGUCUGUUUACUUUUGUCAUUUUGUAUGUUCAAUUGCAUUUAUAAUUGAAGCCUUUAUUUGUUAGCGAAUAUUUCAGUAAUGUGUCUAGCAAAUUAGCCGCCUAUGUUGGAUUUUCGGCCCAAUAUAUAGUUCCAAGAUUUUCCUCGUGUUUUUUGUAAAUAUCUGCUCAAUCUACAUGAGUCAAGGAUUAUUUAAAAGUGUAAUUUAUUAUCUGGACAAAUUUAUAUAGAUAAACACUAAAUGUAUUGUGGAGAUGAUAAUAUUUACUGUGAGAAGGCACUUUGUGCGUUAUUUAUAACUUAUUUUAACUGAGGCAAGGAAAUUAGUUCAAUUCGAGUUUGAGGAACCAGUGGUAGACGUUAAACAUUGUGAAAGUGAUGAUACGUAUGUGGAUAUAUGUAUUUAGCAGAUACUGAACGAAGGUAGAAGGUAGCGAAAGUAGGAAGUACUUAGUUUUUGUUAGUCCGGUCCAAUUCAUGUGGAGCUGAAACCGAAGAUAUUUGUAAUGUUGGUAUGGCGGACCGUUGACAAGAUACCUCUAUACGCUUUUAAGAAGGAGAACUAAAUAAAUAUUAGAUUGGAAAUUUAUUGUACCUAAGCAGUGUAUUAUACAUAUCUAUUGUAUUGAGUUAUUUUUUUGUUCAAACAACGAAUUUUGAAAU